AGACGUUACACAGAGAGCAUUACACUUUCUUCUCUCUUGUCUUGUCAAAGAGAUGAUAUGAGAGAUAAAGCUUAAACCCUAAUUUUCAUCAGAGAAGAAAAUGUGGAAGAAAGGGGAGCUAGUUUGGGUAAGCCUUAGCUUUUCGGAUACAUGGAUUCCGGGUCGGAUUCUUGAUCCAUCCGAAUCGUUAGUCUCGUUCUUCGGCUUAAUGGAGCCGCGUUACGUUCCAAAACCUUGUCUACGAAGCUUCGAUCGCGAUUUCGGAAACUUGAUUUCAGAUUCACGGAGGAUUCGCCGGUUUGUGAAUCGAGCUCUGCGAGCUCACUUUUGGAAUAUCUCGUUUGGGUUAUGGUGUUCUUGUCAGCCGCUUAUUGAUUCUCCUUACUUCGAUAGAGAAAACUCUCUCCCAUGGUUUCCUCUAACUUCGGAUUCGGCUCUGGGUUUUGUUCGAGAUAUGGCCAUUUCUAUACGAGUGCCUCUCUGGAGAUUAGCUGAGACCAAUAGUUCGAGUGCUCAAAUCCUUAGUUUUCGGCGUUACAUUGUUGAUUUUAAGCGUUCCAAAUCUGUCUAUGAGGAAGCUAUAGAAAGUGCAGAGCUAAUGGAUCGCUCUGAAGAAUCAUAUUGGUGUCUUGAAUACUCAAAGAAGAUGGACCUGGCUUCUAUGUUUCCUGAGACAGCGGAUGCAGAUGUGGGAAACAGUAGAGAUUUGAGUCUAAGUGAUCCAUUGCCAAAGGAUAUCCCUUGUUGUGCUUCUCCUUCUUUUGUGCAGCGUGUUGAUAAAGUAGUUCAGAUUUGCACAUGGAAAAACCCUCUAACCACCUCUAGUUCUAGCACCAUAAAAGCUUGUGAAACCAUGGUUCGAACAGCUGUUGAUGAUGGUCACCGGUCUAAGAGUAAAGAAAGCUGUCAAGUUGAGCAGAGUAUCUGCUUACUGAAUUCAGAACCUCCUAUUGAAGAUAUGAUAGAGGAAGACACCACUUCCGUUGCUGCCACAAGAGUUGAUGUAUCAGAAGCACUUCCUGAUGUUAUGGUUGAUACUCAUGAUGACAUCAUUGGUUUGGUUGAUGGACCUGUGACAUCGACAAAACAACUGUCACCCUUGCUUGAUGUGAGUAACGACAACGCUUAUUUGGCAAAGCCUGUUUCUUUUGUUGUUCCGGGAGCCUGUCACACUCUAGCUUGUUCCAUGAGAAACAAAUAUGCUAGCCCAAGAAACAAGCUUGAUAGCUCUAUCAUCAGUACCAAUACCUUGAAUCAGCAGUCAUUAGAUAUGAAUAGUCUUAAUGGAACACGAGAAAACUGCUCUGAGGAUGCGUUGGAGUCACAUAUUGUGGAGGUUGGACAGGUUUCUCUACAUAGUACAGGCAUUUCAAACAAAGAAUUCAGUUCUGAUGAUGUAGGCAUAGCACCUGCAGCACAAGUACAAGAUUUGGAACCUGGAACAACUGUUGAAAACCAGACGAGAUCAGUUGAUAAUGUCAGAUCCAUUGGUAUCAAAAGGAAAGCAAGUCGAGACAAAUCAUCUGCACGAAACUCCAAGAGAAUGAAGAAAGCAGCCCAACAAUCUAUUGCUACUGAUAAACCGCUGAAUCUACACCUGAUGAAAGAUAUGCGGCUUGCUAAUCCAAAAUGUUUGCGAAUGAAGUUUUUGAGUAGACAUGGGGAUCUCCCAUCCAAAGCAGAACUGUUGAAGAGAUUCAGUGUGUUUGGGAAAAUAGAUGCUUCAAGAACUGAUGUAAACCCUGGGGAAAGCUCUGCGAAAGUAGUAUUCGUGCAGAGCAUCGAUGCAGUGACGGCUUAUCAAUUUGCUAGGAGCAAAAAGUUUAGACUAGGACGGUCUAAGGUUACGUACCACCUCGACCCCUUUGAGGAAGACAAUGAAGUAAACAAAGUUCCUUUGGCUCAGAAGCCUCAAAAGUCUGUUCCAUCACCAAAAUCAUGUCUCAAGGAACAAGGUUCGGUAGAUAAAGAAGAGGGAAGAAGGAAUAUGAAGGUGAAAUUUCAAAUGGAGACUAACUCAGGAAUCCGAUGACAUCAUCAUCUCAAUAGUUUGUGCAUAGCUUAUGUCGCUCUCACGGGAAUCUUUCGUAGUAUAGCGAUUGUCUGUUCCUAACGAAGAACUUGCACCUUUUUUUGGCCCUGAAGCUUUUGUAUAAUCAUGGCUUUUUUUGUAUUAGAGAUUUUGUGUAAUCAUGGCUUGUUUUUCUUAGAGAUGGCAUAGUUUGUACUUGACUAUAUAAAAUAGCUUAACGAUGAAUGUGACUACAAACUAAGUUUCCA